AUGACUUUCAGAGGGGCAGCAGAGGAGACUAAACCUUAUGGUUUUGAGAAAGAGAAGCUGUGUGUACAGCAUGGAGAAUUGUUCAGUGAGUUUUGCCUGGAAGACGAAGAGCUGCUGUGCCAAAAAUGUCACAUGGACAAUCAUGGACAGCACCAGUGUUGCUCCAUUCAAGAGGCUGUUCUUGUCUGCAAGAAGCUGCUACGAUCAACCAUCAGAGAUGUCCAGGAGCAGCUGGAGAAUAUAUCUGCCAUCAAACAAAGAUGGGAGGACACAGUGACUCACAUCAUGAGCCAGUCAGUAACAGGAACCCAGGUCUUGAGGCAGGAGUUCGAGAAGAUGCACCAGUACCUGCAUGAUGAGGAGGCCACUCUGAUGUCACAGCUGAAUCAAGACGAAGAAGUGAAGGUUCAGAGGGUGGAAGACAAGAUAAACAAGAUCAGUAAUGACAUACGAAUGCUGACCACCAGUAUGAGAGACAUGGAAAAGGUUAUGGAGUCAGAGGACAUCAUUUUUCUAGAGAACUAUAAGAGUGCCUUAAAAAGGACUCCUUACAGAGCAGAAGCGUCUCAAGAUGAAUUUGGAACUCUGCUAGAUGUGCCAAAGUACCAAAGCUGCAUCCAAUAUUAUGUUUGGGAGAAGAUGCCGAUAAUUAUCCAGUACUUUCCGGUGACCUUGGACCCCAACACAGGCUCAACAUGUUUAGGUGUGUCUCCUGACCUAUCUAGUGUGUUUGUGUGUGAUGAAAAGCCUCUUCCAGACAACCCUGAGAGAUUUGUAAACCCAAAGGGCAUCUUGGGCUCAGCUGGAUUCAGCUCUGGGAGCCACCACUGGGAGGUAGAGGUCGGAGAUAACAGUCAAUGGUCUCUUGGCGUGGCCAACGAGACUGUUAAAAGAAAAGACUCGUUGAGAUUGGAUGACAACCCUGAAGAAUCUGGUGAUGGCCUGUGGACUGUGUCUCUCUUCUCUGGGGAUUAUUAUGCUUCUCCUGGCCAAAGCGCACCUCUCACACUGAGGAGAAAGCCAUCCAGACACCCCAGAAGCCCAGACUUCCCUCUACCCAGCCACUUCCUCAAGCUCAUCCGAGGGGAUCCAGAGGCGUUCCCAGCCUUAAAUUGA